GCUGGCCAUGCUGCUUUGGAUGCAGCUCAGGAUACAGUUGGUUUUUAUAGGCUGUGAGGGCACACUGCUGGCUCAUGCCCAGCUUACCAUCUAACAGUACUCCCAGGUCCUUCCCAGCAGGGCUGUGCUCCAUCCUGACAUCCUCCAGCUUGUGAGCAAUAUAGCAAUCAUGGGGGUUGCCACGGGCCCACGUGCAGGAACUUGUACUUCAGUUUGUUGAACAUCAUGAGGUUCACCUGGGCUCGCUGUUCUUGCCUGUCUGGCACUCUCUGCAUGGCAUGGGUAUGCUGACCACACCACUCAGCUUGGUGUCACCUGCAAACUUGCUGAGGGUGCACUUGAUCCCAGCGCUGAUGUCACUGAUGAAGAUAUUGAAGAGCAGCAUUCCCAGUACUGACCCCUGAGAGAUACCACUCAUCACUGAUCUCCAUCUGCAUACUGAGCCAUUGAGCACCACUCUCUGGGUAUGAUCUCAUAGUAAUUUCCUUGUCCAUCAAAUAGUCCACCCACCAAAUCCAUAUCUUUCUAAUGUGGAUUGAAGGAUGUUAUGGGGAACUAUGUGACAGGCCUUACUGAAGUCCAGAUAGAUGGCAGUGGCUCACCCCUUUUCCUCUGAUGCAGUUAUGACAUCAUAAAUGCAACCAGGUUGGUCAGGCAGGACCUGUUCUUGGUGUACCCAUGCUGGUUAUCCCAGAUUACCUCCCUCUCUUCCACGUACCUUAGAAUAGCUGCCAGGAGGAUCUACUCCAUGAUCUUCCACUGUACUGAGAUCCAGGCAUUUCCUCACUCUCAUCUGCAGCAAUAAAGGAAACAACGGCUUAUAUACAAGAAAGAAUUAACAGAGUGUCAGCAUACCUGGGUCAUAGCGCUGUGAUUGCCUGCCCUAAUAUGACAAAUAUAACUAUGGUAACGUGGAAAAUAAGCCCCAAGAGUGGAGGCCAGUGCACCUUGGCAUACUUGAACGCUACGAAGAUAGAAAGAAUCAACUGCAGUGACAGAAUAAACUGGAGAUCCAAACCAAAGUGGGAUCAGGCACUUGAGAUACAGCAAGUAGAAAUGGCUGAUGAGGGAAAUUACACCUGCGAAAUGGUAAAUGCUGAUGGGAAUUUCCACCACCACUAUCACCUGACUGUGCUAGCUUCCCCAAGAAUGGCUCUGUACUGCGAUGACCAUGGGAACCCUGUGUGCGAGGCAGAGACAGUGAAGCCAGCUGCUGAGAUCUGGUGGGUCCCAGAGAGCGACUCCACACCCAGAGCAGACAGCCACGAUAACGGGACAGUGACUGUUGUCAGCAGGUUCACAGCACAUAGCACCAGUGGGAAGAAUCCUACCUGCAUUGUGUCCCAUGCAACUCUGAACGAGACCAAGUCCAUAGCCUGCUUCCCAUCACACAGACACCUUGUCCUGUUUAUAUCCAUCAUUCUCGGUUUCCUGAUCAUCAUCACCUUUGCAGCUGCCAUUUACUAUUUAAAGCUCCAUGGUUACAGAUUCUGUCACAAAACGAAACCUCCUGAUAUUAUUCCUACACAGUCCUCACAGGAUGACACAGUGGAGGUGGAACCUUAUACUACUUACGUGCAGAAAGAAAACGUAAUUUACAACUCAGUAUCUGAUCUGACAUUGAGGCAGAAUCUUCCACAAGGACGGUCACCAGCAACAUGAUUGAUUCAGCAACACUGGAAAGGGAAGAGAUGAUUUCUAUUACUAGACCAGUCACAGAAAUAAAUUUCUCAAAGCAUUUUGCCAAAGUGGAAGGCAACAUAGUUUACCAGGUCUUCUUAAAGGCCUACAUUUAUUGAUGAGUCUGCAAAGUUCUUUUUUCCCCCCUUUUUGGCCUUCUUCCAUUGUAAAGGAAGGAUGGGUCUUUUUUUCUUAGGGAAAAUCUGACUGACCACAAGACAUAGUUUUUCCUGGAAAAAAUAUGCUACGAUUGGUUUUCCCUUUCCUGGUCUUGCAUUGGACAUCCUAGCUUUGUUGGUCAUUUCUAGGCAUUACUUUGAUACACUUGACACUAUGAUGCACAUAUCUGGGAGAUGUGAAGGGUGUUUAAGUCAAACACUCUUCAGUUAGAAGCCACUUUUUUUUCUAAUUGACAAAUGACUAACAUAAUGGCUCUGAGUACUGAUCAUCACAGAACAUUUUGCUUAGCAAAAGUUAUCAGUAGGGAAGACCUUCGGUCUCUCUGUUCUGAAAGUGGAAAUGAGUCAUGAAUGUGCAAGUUCAUUCACUAAAAAAAAAAGACAUCACUAGCACGCUGCUUUAACUCAUUAGGUUUAUGUUCAGUAUUUCCACUAAACAUGUUCAUCUGAUUAGUCAUAUUAUUGUUAUGAUUACGUUUCUAUAAGAUUAUCUGGAGGUGGGGCCUUCCUAAAUGCAUUGGCGUUAAGGUACUGUAAAAGAAUUACGUUACUCAAACCCAGUAAGCUAUUUUUUAACAGAAAUUAACAUCGACUAUUUCAAAGUGAAAAGUUCAAAUAUAUUACCUAUAACUGUGCAAUAACAUAGUAAAAGGACAAAAAUCCUGAUGAUUGUCAUAUUUAUUUUAAAUACAACUGGAGAUAUUUUCACUCAUGUCUAGAUCUUUUAUUACUACUUUUUUAAAAUAUAAGUGCAAGUCCACUUUGUUGUAUGUAAAUUAGCUGGUAUAUCUUAAUGUGUCUCAUGUUAAGGUUAUUUCUUCUCAUCUUCCCAAAAUAUCUUUUCAGAAUAAGUAAAUUAAAAAAUAUAUAUCUCUGUAUAUUAGCAGCUCUCAAGAUUUUGGACUGAUGUCUUACUAGCUAAAGUAUGAACUGGCUUUACAGUAACAGUAAAGAGAUUCAUUUGUAAA